CUCUGGGCCGGCACUUUGCAGACGCUCCCUACGCUCGCCCGCCUUCGGGUGGCCCGGCCCCCGCGGCGGCCGCCCCUCGGCGCGGCACAGCCCAGCCCAGCCCGCGCCGGCCUCCGCCUCGGGACCAUGGGCGAUGCGCUGCUCCCGGCUCGGGGGGCUGCGCACGGGCGGCGUCGGAGGAGGAUGGAGCUGAAAUUUGGAUAUUUGUUGACUAAGGAGUCGGAAUAAGACUGAGUCCUGCUCUGUGAUCUGCAUAUACUUGGACCAUGAACUUGCUCUUUGGCUUCGUGCUUUACAAACCUUUGUACUAACUGUGAGAAGCUGUUGGGAAUCAUGGCAUUCUCUCCAUGGAAGCUGUCCUCUCAGAAACUUGGCUUUUUUCUGGUGACUUUUGGUUUUAUUUGGGGAAUGAUGCUCCUGCAUUUUACUAUUCAGCAGCAAACACAGCACGAAAGCAGUUCAGUCCUGCGUGAACAAAUUUUGGAUCUCAGCAAAAGAUACAUCAAAGCAUUGGCUGAAGAAAAUAAAAAUGUGGUUGAUGGACCUUAUGUUGGAACAGUGACAGCAUACGAUUUGAAGAAAACACUUGCAGUCUUGUUGGAUAAUAUCUUGCAGCGCAUUGGGAAACUGGAGUCCAAAGUGGAAAAUCUUGUACUUAAUGGAACAGGAGCAAACUCUACCAACAAUACUACCACUCCAGCUCCCAGCUUAGGAGCAGUCGAAAAGCUUAAUGUAGCAGAUCUCAUAAAUGGAGCCCAAGAACAGUGUGAAUUGCCUCCUAUGGAUGGUUUUCCUCACUGUGAAGGGAAAAUAAAGUGGAUGAAAGAUAUGUGGCGAUCGGAUCCCUGUUAUGCAAGUUAUGGUGUAGACGGGUCCACAUGCUCCUUUUUUAUUUACCUCAGUGAGGUUGAAAAUUGGUGUCCUCGUUUACCUUGGAGAGCAAAAAAUCCUAAUGAAGAAACUGAUCAAAAAACAGUGGCUGAAAUUCGUAUCAACUUUGAUCCUCUCUACAAAAUGAUGUCAAGGCAUGAGGAAUUCAGGUGGAUGACGUUACGUAUCCGACGGAUGGCUGAUACCUGGAUUGAAGCAAUUAAAUCACUUGCAGAAAAACAAAAUUUGGAGAAUAGAAAACGAAAGAAGAUUCUCGUUCACCUCGGGCUUUUGACAAAAGAGUCUGGAUUCAAGAUUGCUGAGAAUGCAUUUAGUGGUGGCCCGCUUGGUGAAUUAGUCCAGUGGAGUGAUUUAAUUACAUCUCUCUACUUACUGGGCCAUGAUAUCAGGAUUUCGGCUUCACUGGCAGAGCUCAAGGAAAUUAUGAAGAAAGUUGUAGGUAACAGAUCUGGCUGCCCUACCCAGGGAGAUAAAGUUGUAGAACUCAUCUACAUUGAUAUAGUGGGACUCACUCAGUUUAAGAAAACACUUGGCCCAUCAUGGGUGCAUUAUCAGUGUAUGCUAAGAGUUCUGGAUUCCUUUGGAACUGAACCAGAAUUUAAUCAUGCCCAUUACGCUCAGUCUAAAGGCCACAAAACACCAUGGGGGAAGUGGAACCUUAAUCCCCAGCAGUUCUAUACGAUGUUUCCUCAUACUCCAGAUAACAGCUUCCUUGGAUUUGUGGUAGAGCAACAUUUGAAUUCCAGUGACAUUAAACACAUUAAUGACAUCAAGAGGCAGAAUCAAUCUCUCGUUUAUGGCAAAGUAGAUAAUUUCUGGAAGGACAAGAAGGCUUAUCUGGAUGUCAUUCACACCUAUAUGGAAGUCCAUGGGACUGUUCAUGGGACGAGCACGAUGUAUAUUCCUGGCUAUGUAAAAAAUCAUGGUAUACUCAGUGGGCGGGAUCUGCAGUUUCUACUGAGAGAAACCAAGCUGUUUGUUGGUCUUGGAUUUCCCUAUGAAGGGCCUGCUCCUUUAGAGGCUAUUGCUAAUGGAUGUGCUUUCCUAAACUUAAGAUUUAAUCCACCAAAAAGUAGCAAAAACACAGAAUUUUUCAAAGGCAAGCCGACACUUCGAGAGCUAACAUCUCAGCAUCCCUAUGCUGAAGUUUACAUUGGGAAGCCCCACGUCUGGACUGUAGACAUAAAUGAUCUUUCUGAAGUGGAGAAGGCUGUGAAAUCAAUUUUGAAUCAAAAGAUUGACCCUUAUUUGCCCUAUGAAUUUACCUGCGAGGGAAUGCUUCAGAGGAUGAAUGCGUUUAUUGAAAGACAGGAUUUCUGUCAUGGGCAAGUGAUGUGGCCUCCACUAAGUGCCCUUCAAGUGAAAAUUGCUGAACCUGGAAAAUCCUGUAAACAAGUUUGUCAGGAAAGCCAGCUCAUUUGUGAGCCUUCCUUCUUCCAGCAUCUUAACAAGGACAAAGCUCUGCUUAAGCAUAACAUCGAAUGUCUCACCGCUGAGUCUGCAAAUGAUAUUCUGGUCCCCUCUUUUGAUGGAAGAAGGAAGCACUGUGUUUUCCAAGGUGACCUCUUACUGUUCAGCUGUGCUGGAUCCCAUCCGACCCACAGAAGAAUCUGCCCAUGCAGGGACUACAUUAAGGGACAGGUUGCGCUUUGUAAAGACUGCCUAUAGCAGCAGCAGGGCUUCUUUUGAGUAGAGGACAAAAUGUAAGUAGUUUUGAGAGGAGCUACUUAUUAAUUCCUGCACUUCUGUCCAGGUUUCUUGCUGCAGGCAGAGCUAUUAUUGCUGGGCAGAAUUAUCUACUGAGAGGAGGGAUUGAUAGCAAACAGCUACCUGAUCUUUUUCCCUAUAAGAACAUUUGCAGUGCAACUCUUCAAAUUGCUUCAUCUGUUUGCAAAGAGAAAUGAGUUUCGUGUUCUCCAGUGAUUUGAAGAUGACUGCACAGAAUAGUUUGCAGAAAAAUCCCAGGCCCAUCAAACUACUCUUUUUUUGUUGUUUGGGUGAAGUGUUUUGUAUUUUCUGAUGAGUUUGAACAUCCCCGGUCAUGGUUAGCAAAAAGAUCUCAAAAUCAUUCCAGUAGAAAAUUGAAAUAAGUGUGCUUGGGGGGAGGGAGGGAGGACUACAAUUUAUUAUAGAUGCACUCUUUGGGUACUGCUUUGUCUUGAAUGGCUACAAAGUGGUUUACUUCACAAGAAUUUGGAAUCACAAGAUAGCUCUAUAUUGUGUAAUUGGGUUAUCUGGGCCCAGUCCUUUUCAUUUGUUUUAAGCUUUGUAUACAAAGGGUAGUCUGCAUCACAGCUGCUGCACCAGAGCAGUCUGAACAGAAAGUACUGUGAGUGAGCAAGCAGGCAGUGUGCGACCCAGCAGCCAGCUUGGGUUGGGGCAUUCUUCAUUGUGGAAAAGCCUCACAAACCUGCUGCCAUUUUAGGAAUGGACUUGUUGGUUUACUGGUCCCAUUUAGAAAGUAGUCCUUGGAAUUUGCCCAUGCUUCUGUUGUAGUCCGUCUACUAGAAAUAAUGUGUGAAGCAAAAAGUAUUCAGCAUCUUUGGAGCAAUAUUAUCAUUAGAGCCUCAGUUUGCUGCGCCUUCCAGUAGUUAAAGUGUUGCUGAAUGACAUAGAAAGGUUAAACUAAGCUAACUAUAAUUAUUGUAUGGUAGAAAUGUAAAAUGUCUUCAUAACUAGAUAGAUUUUUAAAGAGAUUUUUUUUCCUGAAGAACAAGAGGAGACAAACAACUGCUAAGAAAAGUAUUGACUGAUCUUGUGGGUGCUUUGGUUGUUUUUCUCUUGGGGAGGAAGGGUUUGGUGUUUUUUUAGGCUUUCUUUUUUGUUUAUUAACAGGCACACCAGUUAUAAAUUGAGAAAAUUGAAGAGUUUCAAUUCAAACUUCCUUUGAAGCAGCACAUUAAAUCUUUGACACCACCUUCUUUUUCUAGAGGUAUCUAUGGUUCUUGUCAACAGAAGGUGGCACGCUUAGCAGCACCAUUUGUAGGCAGGAAACAAAUUUGCUAAGGUCAGUGAGAAACCAAUCCAUGAUAAAGCAGUCAUAGUCAGCAGCACAUUUGGAACUUGAAUGUGUUCUUUCUGUGUUGGAAAAAACAUUGGCAUGAAGGCUUUUUUCGUAAAGAUGGCCAUUACCCAGUAACCAUGAAAAGCAUAGAAACUUGUUUUCCCAUUCUUGGAUAGAUCUGGUUAGCACCAGUUUUUCUUGCAUCAGCACUCCUUAUUUGUUUGCGAGUACUGAUGCAUCUCUUGACCUACCAAAGACCAUUCAAGGCAACUGCUUUUUAAUCUUGGAUAAAGUUUCAAAACAAGAGAACUGAAGUUUAUUAAGUUUCAUUGUGAAAGCAGCAAAUUACCUUUCUCCAAUUGGUUUCCUGCCUCAGCACUCCUGAUGGUGUUGCACUGUAACACGCUGUACACGUGGCUGCUGCCAACACAGGGCCUAAUCCUGGGAGGCUGCUGGGCGGCCACAGAGCUGUGUGGGAAUGUUGAAGUGCUGGGGUGCCAGGAACUGGCCUCAACGGUGGUAAAAUCUGCUGUAUUUUUCCACAGCCAGAAUAACAGGGCCCUUCAAUGGGAGGCAAACAUUUUGUAUGAAAAGAAAAACACAACUCGUAUGAACACACUUACUCUUAGCAUAUCUCAGCAUUUGCUUCAGUCAACAGAAGUGUAGUCUGCAAUGGUUUUAAUACCCCAGCAGAGCUGGAGGAGGAGAAUUCGAAAUGGGUCUGAGCAGAUGCAACAGUUUGUUUUGUGUUUAUAUCACGUAUUCCCCACAUAGCUGUGCAUAUUUGUGCAACUGGAAAACCCUGUGUAUUAAUGGCAGUGUGUACUUCUGCCUGGUGCUGAAUGUGGGGGCAACAGCAGAGAUUUGUCUUUCCCAGUUCAGCCUGAGGUUGCUCAGGCAGGAUUUUAAUUCAGAACGACAUAUCAGAGAAUUACAUGGGAAACAAAGACAUGGAUGUGUGCACUUACAAAUGCAAAACACGUAGUUUUUGUCGUAGUGUAAUUCUUGGCUGUAAAUACAUAUUUGCUUGACUCCCACCGCUGUGUGGUCCACAUGGCAUAUUGCAUUUUAUUUUGCCUCUGAACUUUUAUAGAUGGGGAGGGUUUUGGUAUUUGUUAUUAUAAGAUUUUCUGUUCUAGUGCUUUGCUCAAUGGUAAGUCUGCAUUUACCACAGCAGGGAGAGUCUAUUGUAAGCUGUUUUUUUUUCCGUGCUGUAGCACUAUUUCUCUCUCUGGCCUACUGAGCUGCAUUACUGCAUACUGGCAGAAAUGAAACAGCAAACACCGGUGCCACUGGCAUUUCGGCUAGGGACAGGAUAUCUAAAUCUGGCUUUGGGAUCAUUUGGGUCUAAUUCUAUUUCCACUGAAAUCUAUAGAGAAUGAGUCCUUGAUCUUAAAGAACAAAGAAUCAUGAGCUGUAGUCUCAUAGUCCUGCAUUGUUAACUUUAAACACAGUAACUGGACCUAUUCUUUCAGAAGUGUUACUUUCAUGAAAUACAGCUUCAGUCAAAAUUCCUGUAAAAGAAAUCCUCCAGGAACUGUGAGGGAACAAACUGUAGCAUGCUGAUGUUUCGCUCUCCAUCACAGAGCAGGGCUGUUCAUACAUCAGUACAUCAUGCAGAGCCCUUCUGCAGAUAAGCGCUCAGGCAAAUCCAUGUGGGACUAUUAUAAUUUUGAACAAUUUGGUAACAAGUAAAAAAUCCCCAUUUUAGAGCAGAGGCCAGCAUUCUGUCCCAGUGUCAGAACUAUUUUCCUUCCUAGUGAGAGACUAAAGGUGGGAUCGCAGUAUUGCACUCGGGGUCCUUGAGGUGGGGCUGCGCUGCAGAGCUCCGUCCGCCAGAAAGGCCUGCAGCUCCUUCUGCUCUGCAAUCAGAAGGCAGGUUUUUGCACGACUUGGCAUUUGAAUAGAUUGACCGGUGAUUGGUGGGGGGGGAAAUGUCAAAAGUUGCAUAGAAGAACAUUUGACAAGCUCUGAAACAUAACUCUCAUAUCAAGACAUUCUUUGUUUUAAAAUUUUGUAUUUUUGUAUGUGACCUAGUUUUUUCAAAAGAUGUUCCUAUGAGAUUAGAAAACUCAAGAGAAGCAUUUACAUAUUUAUUAACAUAAAAUUAUGGCUUGCCUUUGAAAGGUAAAGUUGGUAAAUACACACUGUUUAAAAAUGCCAAUAAAAACCUCAUUUAUUUCAUAUAUGCAAGUUGAUUUGCACAUGUAUAAACAGAGUUGCUUUUUUGCAUUCUUUGCUUAGUUUGUUUCUUUUUGUGCUUUAUAGUCACAGCUGUGUUUGUGUAUAUCAGAUUGUUUCUCCUACCAAUAUUUAAUGUUUAUGUGCCUUUUUUUUUUUUCCUUUAAUUUGGGGUUUGGAUGGCUGCUUUUAAUGUGGAUGCUGUCUGAACAAGUAUAAUGGAACACUAACUGCAGGUAAAACCCAGCGCUUGAUCACUGUAUGUCUGUUAGCAGAACAGAACUUGAAUGGUUUGAAACAACAGGAAGAUCUGCUCUAAAAAUAUAAGGGUUAAUAAGGUAAAAGAUAACGAAACAUCACUGAUUCUUACCAAAAUUUGCUUCUGCCAGUGAAAUGCCUUUUACUGAAUGUCUGUAAUUUGACACGAACGCUCCUGCUGGGACAGAUGUCUGUGUAAUGACAGAGAGCAAACUGCACCCGCUGCGUUCCCCUGGGAGACAAUGCUAACAAAAAACCUGUAGGAAUAGUCACGCUUGAUUUGAUUAACUGCAAGAAUUAAGAUCUGGUUUUUCAGAUACAAGUGUGUUCAGAUGGAAAUGCACGUGGUGACUUGUAGUGCUCCUAACAUGCAGUCCUUCACAGAUGUAACGCGGUCCAUAUCCAAAUGUAUGAGCCUCAGUGGAGAUGGAAUUCUGGCUGUUCAUCUGACUGCAGAAAUCUCUAUUUUUAUGCUGCUCCAUUUCCGUGAGGGUUUUUUGUCUAACAGCUGCUGCUCCAGGUUCAGCAGCACAGGCUCAAGGACAGAGCCAGGUUUCUGCUCCCUGCUCAGCUCUGCUGCAAACACAGCAGUUUCUAACUUGCUCACUGGCAGGUGCUCAGACUUGUCCCAAAUUACCAUUAGGUGCAAGUGAGGUUGUUCACCAGCAUCUUCUCUCCUGACUUAAUGACACUGUUCUGUUGUUUAACCCCCCCUAUGUGUCCGUGGGUCAUGCUCUCAAUAACGGCAUGCCUCCACUCUCAGAAAUGAGUGUCCCCUCUAAAUCACAAAGGUUGUUUACAAGCUGCUACUCUCAGUAUAAGUAAGAUUCAAGUUGCUUUCUUAGGCAUGUAUUUUGUUCACAGUGCACUUCAAGACCAGAUUUUACUUCAAUGAAAAUUAAAGGGGAUAAAUGAGGCUGGGUACAGUUCUCAUCCAAGUAAUUAAUUUCACAACUCCCACCGGCUUCACUGGUGGCAGGACUCCUCCAUUAAUUUCUCUUCAAAUUAAAAAAAAACAGCUCUCCCUUUUUCAUGAAGCACCAUCCUACAGGUUGAAGAUAAACCCUUGCAGGUUAUGCUGUGCAUGUUACCAGCAGCCAGUUUUGCUUGCUGCUAUAGCAUUUAUCAUCACUAAGUUGGUGCGACUUGCUGUAACAGUAUUGGUUCAGGACUCAGUUAAAUAACUGCCCGCUCUACAUUUGGGAGUGCUAGAGCCUAGUUUUGUUCUGCUUGUUUGUUUUGAAGAGAAUAUCCGUCACCAGUUUCAACUUUAAAGCCUUUUUACAAGGGGUGCUAACUUUUUGGCAUGGGCUCUGUGUGACUUUUUCCCUGCAGCUGCUUUGCCUUCAGCUUUUGACUUAGUAUUGGUUUCUGUUCGUGGUUUUCCUUUGUCCCCAACCAUUCAGGGAUCACUGUAAAAUUGAGGAGAACAGUGCACUGGCAAAUAGAAACUUCUGGCCAGGCUGGAAAGGCCGGGGACGGGUUUCAUUGAGGUAUGCUUUAAUAAUACUGCUGUAGUGUAGUAUUAAAACAUUUUGUUUAAUUGUCAGUGACUUAAAUCAUGUCUUCCUAUUUUUAAGUAGCUCUAGAGGUAUUUGUUUAAGUUAGCUUGUAAAUUCCAAAUAUUAUGUUUAAAUGGAAUGUGUAAACAGCAAACUCCACAUAUCAAGUGUAAAAUGUUUACUGUAGGGAUGUGUUGAAAAUUCCAGAGGCUGGACCUUGGUGUGGAGGCAUUGCUUGUGUUCUUUCUUCCAUCCUUUACAAAUUCGGUUAAUUAAAACCAGCCUUGGAUUCUGAUUCAGCAGACCUCUCCCAGCAGCAUGAAGCCACCUGCUUAUUAAAUGGGUAAAUAAAGUCAGGUCCUCAAAGUGCUGAUAGAAUGAGUUGCAACUCCACCUUCCCCACAUUGCAGCUUGUCACACAGCCCAGCCCAGCUCCUGGCACAACUGCAGUUGUUCCUAGCGCCACACAGGUACAUGGUAAAUCAGGCUCGAUGGAUUUCUGAGGGCAGUUCGUUUAAUAGGGUUAUACCCAGAACUCAUUUGUUAUAUUCUUAACAAGCUCGCUGUAAUAUGGUGACAGUGAAAGCCAUUUGAUUUGGUUUUCACUGAGGAGUACAGCAGAGGAGGCAGUUUAUAGUGGAAGGAAAAGGGAGUCCAUUUUCUGAGAAAACUUACCCUACAGAUUAUAAACAGAGACAAGUCUGAACAUCAGGCAAUGCUCGCUCUGCUGGGUUGAGCUGAGUUCUCUCUCUGGCUGAGCGCAGCAGGGUGGCAUGGAGCAGCUCUCUGCGUUCUGGUCUCAUUCCCUCCCUGGAGGCAUCUCCACAGGGAAUGGCUAGAAAAUUCUGAGUAAUCCUUGUUGCACUGUGAGGGGAGAAAUCAAACAAAAACUGACUGAAAUCUGUAAAAGCAGAAGCUGCUUUGUGCAGAACAUAAUUUGGAGUCAAAGUCUUUAGAGUUCCAUAAGAACUUCAGGGUCAGGCUGGUUACUGUGUGCGUUCAGUUGGAAUUCUCUCCUGAAGUCUUGACUCUUUGCUUUAUUUGAAUGUUUGUGUUCCACUAUAUUGCGUUCAAACAGCUUGACUGGGAAAGAUCAGAACACAGUGAUUCAGAUACUGUCAAGUUACGGGGGUUCAAUAGGAUAAGAUUAUUUUAUUUUUUUUAGAAACGUAAAUGUCUGUACUUUAAUGGCAUAGAAAAAUGCUUUGUUUUCACUGGUGUAGAAAAAAAAACUAGGGAGAACUUUAUUUUUCAAUAAACCUUUUUCUGGUGUGA